CAAACUGAUCUAAAUUUACAACAUUCUUUAUAGACAUUCAUUAAUUAGCGAAAUUUACAUGUUCUUAGCUAAAAUCUUAUUGAUAUUGAAAAUAGUUAUUAUUAUUUAUUCAGAGAAUGUUAUAAAUUGUGAUGAACAGACAGAAUUAUUUCAAAAUGAUCUUUUAUUCAAUAUACCAUUAAUAGAUAAUUAUGAAUGGGAAAUAGUUACAAGUUUAGUAUUGGAUUCAAUUGAAGAUGCUACAAAAUAUUUAUGGAAACAUAGAAUUAAGGUGAAUUUAGAUGGUUAUUUAGGAACUACAAUGGUUGGAGGUAUUAUUCGAACUCUGUUGAAAUUAUACAGACAUAAAAUGCCUCAGGUAAUUGGUAAUAGAAUGCAAUUACUUCAAGAGAAAUUGGAAAUGUUAAACAAUUUCGGUGUGACGAAUGUUGAAAAACAAACUCCAUUCUAUUUUUCCCGUGUAGGAUUUUUGCUGGAUCCACAGCUAUGGAAUAGUUUCUAUCCAAUCGCGCUACUAAACUAUUCUUUGGUGCACAAGUUAAGGUACAAAAGCGAUUCAUGGACAGAAUACAAGAGUGAUAAUUGUCUCAGAGAGUUUCUUUACAAGACAGUUGAUUUCUGUAAAAUUUCGAAGCAAUGCUGGAAGUCAGCUACUGAUUACAGUGAAACUGAAUAUGGUCUUACACACCAGGUAUUUUAUUUUAUGAUUGGAAAACAGACUAAUUGUAGUGAAACAUUGGAUUAUCUUCUGAAAUUCAAUCAACCUGGAAUGAAUACUGAAGAAUAUUUACAACAGUUAUGUACAAACGUUGCAGUUGAAGCUCAAAUUAUUGCCAGUAAAAAUUUUCCAACUGAUUUAAGGGACCUGUUCAUGGAACAAGUUGGAUUUUGUGGUUUGGCAGGAUUUUGGCAAAUCUGUAAAAUUGAUUGGUUAAUGAAAAUUAUUUCAUGGCAAAAUAUCAUGGGUUGUUAUCAUAAAUUUGAUACAGAAGAAAUGAAUCCAGAAAACUUUGAUCCCAAUGUAUAUGGACAUUAUAAACGUCGAAGACGUUCAGAACAACUUUUAUCCGGAGGUCAACAAGCGUGUCUAUCACAUAGGACAAGUGUGGCAAUGACAGCACUGAGUGGAUAUUUAAGAUAUUUAAUUGAAUUUCAUUAGAUGAUAAAAUCUAUUUUUUGUGUUCAGAAACCAUUAAACCAAUUCAGAAGAGAAUACUAGUUAUUGUUUUCUAUAUGUAAAUUAACUUUGAAAAUUGUAAUUUAGUAAAAUGAACAACUAACUUUGAGUUACCGA